AGUCAUAUCGUACGACUCUCCCAUGGCUUUCUCCGCCCAUCACCAGUCCCUCAACUACGACUCUCGUCUUUCUCUCACGUGUACGUAUAUUUACGUACACACGGCCAGUGGGAGACCUGACCAUUGAGGGAGGAGAUCAAUCAGCAGAGCGACGAGGGGAGGGACGGAGUAAGUAAAUGGAGGUGACAGCAAGAGCUCCCGGAAAAAUCAUACUCGCCGGCGAGCACGCCGUCGUGCACGGAUCUACGGCGGUGGCCGCCUCCAUCGAUCUCUAUACUUACGUCUCUCUCAGCUUUCCCGCUGAUUCUGAUGAUGGCGAUCACUUAAAACUUCAUUUGAAGGAUAUGGCCUUAGAAUUUUCUUGGUCAAUUGUAAGAAUUAGAGAAGCACUGGGUGAGAUGGGUACUCAAAUUCCUUCAUCACCCUUGUCAUGCUCACCAGAAGCCAUUAAACUACUCGCAGCUCUAGUUGAAGAACAAAAUAUUCCGGAGGAAAGACUUACAAUUGCUUCUGGGGUUACGGCAUUUCUUUGGCUAUACACAUCCAUCCAAGGGUAUAAACCUGCAAAGGUGGUUGUCACUUCUGAGCUCCCACUUGGCUCUGGCCUGGGUUCUUCUGCUGCAUUGUGUGUAUCACUCUCAGCGUCCCUGCUUGCUUUGUCAGGCUCUAUGACUCUAGAUUUCAGUCAGCAAGGAUGGCUAACGUUGGGAGAGAAUGAGCUGGAAUUGGUCAAUAAAUGGGCCUUUGAAGGCGAAAAAAUAAUCCACGGGAGGCCAUCUGGAAUUGACAACACAGUGAGCACCUAUGGCAACAUGAUCAAGUUUAGAUCUGGGGAGUUGACACGCCUCAAGUCCAAUAUGCCAAUAAAGAUGCUUAUAACUAACACAAGAGUCGGGAGAAACACAAAAGCAUUGGUGGCUAGUGUUUCAGAGAGGAAAGACAGGCACCCAAAUGCUCUGGCUGCUGUGUUUAAGGCUGUUGAUUCUAUCAGCAAUGAAGUGGCUACCAUUAUUCAAUCAUCUGCGCAUGAUGGCAUUGCUACAACUGAGAGGGAACAUAAACUAGAAGAACUAAUGGAGAUGAAUCAAGGGUUGCUUCAAUGUAUGGGGGUCAGCCAUGCUUCAAUAGAAACUGUUCUUCAAACUACACUGAAAUACAAAUUGGCCUCCAAGUUGACAGGAGCUGGCGGUGGAGGCUGUGUUCUGACGCUAUUACCAUCCCUGCUUUUAGGAGCUGAUGUUGACAAAGUAAUUGCAGAGCUCGAGUCCUGCGGUUUCCAGUGUUUGAUUGCUGGAAUUGGUGGAAAAGGUGUCCAAAUUUGCUUCAACUCUUCUGCCUGAUUUCUGCAGGAGCAGCUACCAAUCAUAGCAAGGAUGUACUCUGCUAGUAUUUUUUUUGUUUUUUAAACUGUACCACUCCAAAUUAAGAGCGUGAAUCUCGAACUCAGAGAUGUUGAACUCACUCGUUAAUGUUAUAUUAAUAUUAUCUUAAACUCACUCGUUAAUGUUGUAUUAAUAUUGUCUUGUAAUUGAAUUGAAUUGAAUUGGUAAUGUUGAGUAAUGCAAUGGGACUUUGCUUCUCCCUCCAUUCUG